AUGAGCUCCCUCCGUUUCGCUCGCUCUGCUCUCCGGGCUCGUCCCGCUGCCUUCCGCGUGCCUAUCCAGCGCAGAGGCUACGCUGAGGCCGUUUCCGACAAGAUCAAGCUUUCCCUGGCUCUCCCUCACCAGACCAUAUUCCGCUCCGCCGGCGUUGUCCAGGUCAACAUCCCCGCUGAGUCCGGAGAGAUGGGUGUCCUCGCCAACCACGUUCCCUCCAUCGAGCAGCUCAAGCCCGGCCUUGUCGAGAUUCUGGAGGAGGGCGGUGCCAGCAAGAAGUUUUUCCUGUCUGGUGGAUUCGCCGUUGUUCAGCCCGACUCCCAGCUGAGCAUCAACGCUGUUGAGGGUUACGCCCUUGAGGACUUCAGCAUCGACGGUGUCCGUUCCCAGAUCGCCGAAGCCCAGAAGAUUGCUGGUGGUAACGGCAGCGAGCAGGACAUUGCUGAGGCUAAGAUUGAGCUGGAGGUUCUUGAGAGCCUGCAGGCAGUUCUGAAAUAG